AUGUUGAGCCCCAUCCAGGUCCUGUGCUCCGACAUCACUACCCUUUCUCUGGAGCCCGAGCCGUUUGCCUCUUACACUGAAGCUGAUAUCAUCUCCACUGUUGAGUUUAACCACACCGGAGAGCUCCUGGCCACAGGGGACAAGGGAGGCCGAGUGGUCAUCUUUCAGAGGGAACCUGAGAGCAAGAUUGAGCCAUUCUCCCAGGGAGAGUACAAUGUCUACAGCACCUUCCAGAGUCAUGAGCCCGAGUUCGACUACCUUAAGAGUCUGGAGAUUGAGGAGAAGAUCAAUAAGAUCCGAUGGCUGCCUCAGCAGAACGCCGCACACUUCCUCCUUUCCACCAAUGAUAAGACCAUUAAGUUGUGGAAGGUGAGUGAAAGAGACAAACGGCCGGAGGGGUACAACCUGAAGGAUGAGGAGGGUCGCAUUAAGGACAUGUCCACCGUCACCUCCCUACAGGUGCCGGUGCUCAUGCCAAUGGACCUGAUGGUGGAGGUGAGCCCGCGGAGAGUGUUCGCCAACGCCCACACCUACCACGUCAACUCCAUCUCCGUCAACUCCGACUAUGAGACCUACAUGUCGGCCGAUGAUCUGAGGAUAAACCUCUGGCAUCUGGACAUCACCGACCGCAGCUUCAACAUCGUGGACAUCAAACCAGCCAACAUGGAGGAUCUGACAGAGGUGAUCACCGCGGCUGAGUUUCACCCCCACCAUUGUAACCUGUUUGUCUACAGCAGCAGCAAAGGCACCCUGCGCCUCUGUGACAUGAGAGAAGCAGCUCUGUGCGACAAACACUCCAAAUUGUUCGAGGAGCCCGAGGACCCCAGCGCCCGCUCCUUCUUCUCUGAAAUCAUCUCCUCCGUGUCGGACGUUAAGUUCAGCCACAGCGGUCGCUACCUGCUCACCAGAGACUACCUGACGGCCAAAGUCUGGGACCUCAACAUGGAGAGCAAGCCCCUGGAGACGUACCAGGUUCACGAUUACCUCCGCAGCAAGUUGUGUUCCCUUUAUGAAAACGACUGCAUCUUUGACAAGUUUGAGUGUGCCUGGAACGGCUCGGACAGUGUGAUCAUGACUGGAGCCUACAACAACUUCUUCCGCAUGUUCGACCGCAACACCAAACGUGACGUGACCCUGGAGGCGUCGCGUGAGAGCAGCAAACCCCGAGCUGUCCUGAAGCCGCGGAGGGUCUGUGCCGCCGGGGGGAAGCGCCGGAAGGACGACAUCAGCGUGGACAGCCUGGACUUCACCAAGAAAAUCCUCCACACGGCCUGGCACCCGAACGAGAACAUCAUCGCCAUCGCCGCCACCAACAACCUGUACAUCUUCCAGGACAAACUCAACUCUGAGAUGCAUUAA